ACUCCAUACUUAUAGUUUAUCAUCUACGUAAUAUACUCAAAAUAGCCAUUGUUCCCAAGUUCCUUGCUAAGUGUUUACUGUAGGUGUUUUGCUCUUCGCGUGAUCUAAGUAUUCUAGUUUUGGGCGCGGUCAGUUGUUUCGUACAUAUAUCACAAGGCGGCCCAAAUAAGCCGCCUUAAACGACGCCUUCACAACUAAAAUUAACAUUUUUGCAAUUCAAACCAAGCUAUUGUUCAAUAAAUACUCCAUUUUCGAUUUUGACGACCGUAUAUAAAGAAACGUUGAACGGUUAGACUUUAUUCCAUUGUGAGUUAGCUGAAGGAAACAUGAAAACGAUCACUUUCGUAGUCUUGGCCCUGGCCGCUGUCAGCUUCUGUCAAGCUGAAGACGAUGGGCAGUACCACCCUGAACUGUACGGUAAUGGUAAAUACCAAAGCCUUCUACAAAGGCAUGGCAAAUACUACAACUACCAACCGUACCAACCUUACUACCAGGCGUUGAGCAGGGACCUGUUGACGCCUUUGGUGAAAUACGGCGACGGUGUGGAGCAAGUUACCGCGCUCCCUUCCACCGCUGUCACUUACCGCACUCCGGUUCCUGUAGUGUCAACUUUUGCUCCACUUGUAUACUCUACGCCUAAACCAUUUGUGGCUAGCACGAGGGCUCCAGUCGCCGUCUACCACAAAACAAUCGCUGACGGCGCCGCCAGCAUCCUCCGUGACGACAGAGCCUUCGACGAUAACUCUUACCGUUAUGCAUACGAAACAAACAAUGGAAUUGCUGCUGAAGAAUCAGGAGUCGUUGAUUCCUCAGUAAACGGUGUAGGAGGUGGUACCAGGGUACAAGGAUUCUACGAAUACAUAGGCGACGAUGGUCUUAAAUACAGGGUGGACUACAUCGCCGACGAAAACGGUUUCAGAGCGAGCGGGGCGCAUCUGCCCAAAGCUCCCUAAACCAAAUUAGACCAAUUUAAGUUAUCGAUGUAAAAUAUUACGAAAUCUGAAAUACAAUAUUUUUAUAGCA